AAACCUUUUUGUUAUACAACUGGCUUUUGUAUAAAGUAGGCAGUCCCCUGUUCUGCUCACAGUUACUCUGGUUUCCCACACCGGUGUCUGCAGAGAGAGUAAACUACAAUGGAAAAACAUGAUCCCGGACGUCUUGCUGCUGUAGUGGUGUUUGUUGUCGGCUUUGCAAUAAGUUUGGUGUUCAACGGGCUCUCUGUAGUUGGGAUCGGUCCUUAUGAAACCACUACAGCCAAUGUGUCUGCUGUGUUUGACACACAGAUCACACCUUCAGGAUGGACUUUCAACAUCUGGAGCAUCAUCUAUGUGUGGCUGAUGAUCAUGGUUAUCUACAUCGUCAUUGGACUUUUCAGAAAGAACGGUUAUGGCUACGUCUACUGCAGCCCUCCAGUGCUGCCUUACGGUUUCUUCAUUAGCUGGUGCAUCAAUCUGUGUUUCAACAUCGGCUGGCUGAUUGUUUGGGACAGAGGGAUCAUGAUUGCUGCAUUGGUUUUUCUCAUCCUGGUCAUCUGCACAAACUACUCCAUGACUUGCUUCAUCUGCCACGGACUUCAUGUUUAUGGACCCUGGCUCAAGAAGUACCACAACGCAGACCUGUGGUGCUACCGUAUAAUUGUCCAGAAUGCUGUGAUGAUAUACACAACAUGGACAACAAUUGCAACACUGAUCAAUCUGACCAUAGUGCUGACUUAUGAUGUUGGGAUGUCUCCAACCGACGCUGCCACCAUCUCCUACUCUGUGUUGGCUGUUGUGCUGCUUGUGUGGUUCGUUUUGGAAAACCUGGUCCUGGAUAAACACGUGCGCUACAUCCUCGUCAUCUACCCCGUUGUGAUCUGGGCGCUGAGUGGAAACCUGGACAAAAACUAUGACGCUAAGUCACCAAGCCGCAAUGGCAUCUUCAUCGUCGUGCUGCUGGCUCUAGCCUGUGUGCUGUUUGCCUUUCGGAUAGUUCUUGUGAUUUGGAGGACCGUCAAGCAGCCGCUGUACGAAGACGCCAGUCCUGAAGCCAUGCAACCCAUGGAGAGGGCUGGGAAACAGAAAAAGAUAUUCCGCUAACCAUUUCAUGACGUAACACUCUGAUACGAUAGAAAACAGUGUACAGCUGUUACUGCACCAUUACCUCCUACAUGUUCUAUUUGGAAAAUCUUGACAAAUACUAAUGAUUAAUUUCUGAUUGUAAAGUAUGAUUUUAAGUUCACUUCAGCAUAUUAUUAUUUUGUAAAUACUUCAACUCUGGAUGACUGAUCCAUGAACCUUGUAUGUCUCUUUUGUAAUGUAUUUAUUGCUAACACAUAUCAUAAGGAGCUGAUAAGGAAACUAUUACAACACUGCAUAGAGGCCCCACAGUGUCAUAAUCCACCUCACAGUAUAGGCUGUAUGUUGUAAACACUUCCCAUAGUUCAUUGUAUGGUUGCUUUUUAUCAAUUGGCAAUUUGUUUUCCAAUGUUAAGUGCAAUGUACUCACUUUGACAUAUUUUAAAUAAAGUUAUAGUUGUA